GAUAUAUUGAGAGGCACCUUGUUAUGUUUUGUUUCUUUAUUCCUUAUUCCAAAAGAAAAUCAGUUGUAUUUAUUAGAAGUCACAAAGUGUUUAUUUUCCACACAAGUUGGGUGAUUUAGUGUUCUGAGGUAUUUCCGAAUGUUAAUACAGUACUGCUAAAAAAGAAGUACUUUUUGCAAAUCAUUUAUAAACGAUUAAAGUUGGUGGAAAACUUUUCUGUGCAUCUCUUUACUAUGAAAUAAUAAAUAUAUUUUCAGAGGAAUAUAACAUGGAACUUAAAAUUUGUGAGUUUUUUUGCUUUUGUUAUAUUUUACUACUUCAAAUACAGAAAACCAAAGGUGUUGUAGCAACUUUGCAAGAGAACAUCGUUGAUUCUAAUCAUAAAUAUGCAUUCGAAACGAUGAGGUAAAUAUGUAUAGAAUAUGGAUUUAAUAUACAUACAUAGUUGUACGAACAGGGUGAAUCAAUUGAAUUGCAAUUUUUCGAAACUCCGUUUCUUUUAUAUUUUAAAAUGGAUUUUUUUUGCUGUAAACGAGUGCAAGAAUCAGAAAUCUUUGAUUGUUUUAGAAUUUAUUUAAAAUGUUACCGUAAUCAUUUUUGGCUCAAAAUACGUUACUAAGUCUGUCAAUGAACGUAGAGUAAGCUACUUAAAUGUUAGCCACCGAAAUGUGAACCCAUUAAAGACGGAAGGAUGCUUCAGCUCAUCUUCACUUUGAUAUUUUUUAGUUCUGACCUUAACCAACAAAAUGCUCCAUAUAUGAAGAUGUUAUAUAUAGCGAUGCCGAGUCUUGUUAUAACUUUCAAUAUUUCUCACUGAAAUUUUCGCGUACUUGCAGAUGCUGUUGAAGGCGAUAAUCUCCUGUCACGAAAAUCCAUGCCAUAAAAACAAUGGUCUUUAACUUCUAGUGAUCAUUCAAAUGCCCCAAUUAUCAUAAUAACCUUUUCUUCAAGUAAACACAAUUCUUUUAUUUGCUUAUGAAUUGUUCAAUUUCAAAAAUUUUCUCUUUAAAGAAGAAAAUAUUACUAGAACUAUAGUUAUAGUAUUUAUCGGACAAACGAAGCAACCCCUUUGCUCUGUCAAACGUAUCUUUUUUUUCAAGAAACAACAGGAUCUUGUCCUUUAUGGAAUUAUUAAAGCUUAACAGUAUAGAGAUUCUCUUCCAAAUUUAGUCUAAUGAUUGUUCGCGAUUAAAUCUCAAGUACCAUAUAGGGGGAGGUGGGGCUACUUUGAACUGUGGGGCUAAAUUUUUAUACGAUUUUUUCGCAUACUUCCAAUGCAAGCUGGGUUUUAACAUGAUGUAAUUUGGAUACACAAAGUAAUUGUGGAUCUAAAUAAAAUAAUAAUUGUAAGGACCAGCUUCAUUUAGAAAUAGGCGGAAAAGCCGUAUAACAUUCUAGCUCCACAGCUUAAAGUAGCCCCACCUACCCCUAUUUGCAGCUAUGGCGCGGAUUUCAAUCAAUUCACUUCUUCACAUUAAAGACGAUGUUUGGUGAUAAUGCAAUUUUAUUUCACCUCCAAAUAACGUUUCGAAAUAUUGCUACCAUUACCGUAUUAAGUUAUGUUUUUAAUUAUGAAACAUUUAAUCACAUUCCUGCAUAAUAUGAGAGCGCUGCAACUAGUGGUGAGAAAGGUUUAUCGACCUGAAUUUGGUUGCAGUUCAAUCGACUCACCCUGUGUGAUAUUCUUAUCAGAAUGAAACCAAAGUUGAUUACAGCACUCAUUUUUGAUAGGAAGAGAGUGUCAUUUUACUAAGUUUCUUACACUGCAAAACUUAUUGUAUAUAUAAAAAUUAAUUUUUAUUUUUGAAUUUUGAACUAUUUCAAUUUACUUACGGACAUACCGAAUUUAAAUAUUUGAUAAAAAAUUAAAUUUGGUAAAAUAAUAACAUAAUAUAUUUACCAGUUUAUUAAUGAAUCACUACGGGUUCACGAGAACUGGAUCAAAAUUAAUGGAAAUUCAAAAAUAUUAUUUUAAAUAAAUCUUUAAAAGUCUUCCAGAAAACAUGAAUUUUAUGCCUGUCUUGGGCAAUGGACAUUUGGGAUUUCAAGUCAUGGGCGAUUCAGUGUAUCUCAACGGUUUAUACAACGGUAUAAAGGGACUGAGUCACAGGGCUCGGAUACCCAGUUACGCAAAUAUUCAGGUCACAAAUUACGUUGAGUUAAAUGGUACCGUGAAAUAUUCCAUGGAUACUAAAUCUGGAAUAUUUAAGACAUCCUUCUUUCCUAAAUCCGCUGCCUAUAAGUUGGACCAUCUGAUUUAUGCUCAUCGCUUCUACAACCGUGCAAUUGUAAAUCAACUCUUCAUAUCUCGUCUUAAUUGCACCACAGAUGAAGACAUAUCCACAAAUUUAGAUAAGAUUAUCAUAAAAAUUGGCCAGUAUCCGGGAAAUGCAACUGAUGAUAUAGAGUUCACAAUCAAAGGUAGUGAAGAAGAGCAACCAUGCGAAACUGAUAAACUAAUAAAAAACACCAAGAAGGAACUCACAAUCAAAAGAAUCUGCGGCAACACGAAAACAGUCGAAGACCCCAUUUACCAAGAAGAUCCAUCCAAUUGCUGUGUUUUAUGGAAUCAUGUUCCAGAAGAAAUCACACUUGGGCCCACAGAAAAAACUUCCAUGUCUUUCACAUUCGUAAUGACGGUCGACGAACAUUUUAGUGUAGCUGAACAGGAAAUGAUGGACGUGUUGGCGCAGACUGAUCUUGAUUUGCUCGACACGCACAUUAAAGAAUGGAAGCAUUUUUGGGAUGACUUUGAUAUUGAACUGGAAGGUUCUAAUGAUAGCAUGAGACUGUCCAGAACAAUUCAUGCCAGCGUCUUCUACAUGGUUAGCUCUUUGCCAUCAUUCAAUACAAAUCAACAGAGACAAACUUUUCAAGGUCUAAGUCCUACAGGAUUAGGCAAAGGUGGCUCUAAUCUCAACGAUUAUCAAGGACAUGUUUUUUGGGAUGCCGAAAUAUGGAUGCAUUUACCUAUUCUCCUUAUAAGUCCUUUCUGGUCUGCCGAAAUGAUUCACUAUCGAGCUUUAAAAGCUUUUCCUGCUGCCUCAGACUAUGCAAAAGAGACUGGAUAUAGUGGUAUCCGAUUCCCAUGGGAAAGUGCAUUCACUGGACGUGAAGUCACGCAGCCCUGUUGCCCUCUGGUCGCUGCCAACCAGCAGCAUGUGACCGCAGACAUUAGCCAUGCAUUGAGACUUCAUCUGGGUGCCACACGAGAUAUCCACUGGCUCAAACGUGAGGGAUGCAAAUUGGCUAUCCCAAUUGCACAAUUCUGGGCCAGUCGUGCUAAAUUCAAUAGUACAACCAACAAAUACGACAUCCGCAAUGUCAUGGGACCCGAUGAGGAUCAUGAAAAUGUGGACAACAAUUUCUACACCAACAUUGCGGCAAAGCAAUCUCUUCAAUUUGGAGAUUUCACGGCAUGUGUCUGCAGUGAUGACAGUGAUCAUGGAAAUUGGACUUACAUUGCCGAUAAUAUAGCCCUCCCAUAUGAUAGCAUAUUAAAUUACCAUCCUCAGUUUGAAGGAUACCAGCCAGGGACACAGAUUAAACAAGCUGAUGUUAUCCUUGUUGGCUACCCUCUCCAGUACACAAUGUCAAAGUCGACACGUCAGAAUGAUUUAGCCAUGUACGAGAAUGUCACUAGACCUACAGGGCCAGCAAUGACUUGGGCCAUGCAUGCUAUCAAUCACCUAGAUUUAGGAGACCAUGAUAAGGCAGCUGACAUGCUCGCGCGCAGCUAUCGUAACAAUGUCAUGGAGCCUUUCUUCAUCUGGCGAGAAUAUUCUAUCGAGAGGAAUGAGACAGGUGCUGUGAAUUUUCUCACGGGAGCCGGAGGAUUUCUGCAGGCGAUUUUAAGCGGAUAUGGUGGUAUUCGCAUUCACCUGGACCGGCUCGUAUUGCAAACACCCUCGCUUCCGCCCGGCACACGUCACUUCCGCAUGAAAGGAAUACAUUUCUUAGGGGCCCGCCUGAAUAUAGCCAUCUCCGUGAUGAGUGUCCAAGUAGAGUUCACCAAGUGUGGUCAAGAUUUGAUCAUAGUCAUUGGUGCCAGUCAACAGGAUGUGAUUUGUGGUGUUCAUCCGAGAGUAUAUGACAUCACGAAACAAUAUGCAGAGAUAAGGCCCAAAAAUAGUAUACAAUUUGAUCUAUGCCGUAUACCAUCAACUUGAUUUAUAUAUAAAAAGUAAAAAACAAAACCUUUUUUGUCAAGAAAAAAUGAAAUUUGGUUAGAAUUAUUCAAUUCAAUUCAAUUAUAUUAUAUUAAAUUUCUCAUUUUCUCUAUGCAAAAAACAUAAAGUAACACUUAAAUGAUAAUUUAAAUUUCUAUAUUGAACACUCAUCACAUUUGACAUUCUACUAAAAAUAUAAUUUUUAUAUUGAACAAAAAAACAUACUUGUUAAAAUUUAUUGUGUCUUAAUCAUCAUUUAAAUAGACAAUACAACUGCUAAUUUCAAAAUAUUCUCCAAUAAAUUUAACCCUUUGACUAGACGCUUUUCACUGACUGAAAAUCAUAAAAAAAUUGAUCCGAUGCAGUGACACGUUUCACAUCUAACCUUAAACGAUCUAACAGAAUGGGAUUAACUAUAUUUUUUGCCUUUUUGAUGAUUUUGACCUAUAUAUCUAACGACUCAUUUAUACAUACAGGAGUCGUUGAUAUAACUAAUGCUAAAACGCAUUUAAAUCCACUCAAAACGUUUAGAGUGCAGAUAAAGAAAUUAUAUGUAAUUUUUAUCUAAUUAUGUGUGAAUUAUAAUUUAUAAAAAAAACUAUUUAAAAAUGUGCUGCACGUUUUGAAAUAUAUUUAUUAAUUAAUGAAUGAUAUGAUAGAACUUUAUUUGUGGAGCUCAGAAUGAAAAAUGAACAUAUCCUAUGGUUAAAAUAUAGGAUAUGUUCAUUUUUCAUUAUGAGCUCCACAUUUCGCCGAGAUUAAUUUUAAAAAUAAUGGUAUGGUAUUCAUUUCUUCUGGGCGUAAAAUUGAAGUUUCUUUAAAAAUUAUCAAAAAAAAAACAAUGGUCUUAGAGUGAGAUUGUAAAAAAAUAGUAUUAAAUAAACUAAACAAAAUAAUAGAAAUCUAUUGGCAUCAGACGAUAGGCACCACUCUUAGGACUACAAUUUUGCUCAUCUAAGACAUCUCGCACUGAUUACUCCUAAUUGCCUCAUUUAUUGGUUUUUGUCAUUUUCCAAAAAUAUGAAAUUUUUGGAGCAAAUUUCUUAAAGAUUUCUGAGAAAAUAUAUUUUAAAACUAGGGGGUCCGUGGUGCAAUUGGUAAGAGCGUUUGGCUCUUGGGCGGUGUGACCCCCGGCUCGACUGUCACAGUUGUGAGUUCGAGUCCCGCUCGGUGCAAACGACUGAAGCGUCUGAAUGGACAUAUUUCUCAUAUAAUGUUAUCUGAAUAAAAAUUUGUAAAUCGAAAAAUGUACAAAAAUGGCAAAAAGUCCGGUACAUCGAAAUAAAUAAAUAAUAAUAUUUUAAAACU